GUGAUGAGGACGCAUCGGCAUCUGAUACUUGGUCUAUGGACGUCGGCUUCCAUGGAGGAGAAUCCAUAUAACUGAUAAGCUGGCAAGAUAUCCUAUGCCCACCUUCAAUGGUUCCAGGCUGGUAGCUUCUCCAUCAUCACCAAAGCUCCUGUCUUUCCGAAACCCCAAUAAUCCAUCCUACACACAAGGGGGUUCUGCAGCUUCCAUGAAAGAAACUUCAGGACUGUUACGCUCAUUCUCUGCACUGAAAUCAUUCUCUGACAAAGUGGGAGAUGCCUUUGCCAAACUUAGUUCUUCAAUUAAGCAUAGAAAAGAUCAUCAGAAUCUUAAGAGGAGAUUGUUAGAGGCCAUGAAACAGAGAGGCUAUUCGAACCAAAAUACCUUCAGAUCAAUCAAUAGCAUCAUCAUGUGGUUCCCGCAUUUCAAAGAAGGGUUGCAAAAUAUCAAGAAUAUCUUUGAAAAAUACGAUGAGGAUUCAAAUGGCACGAUGCAUCAUGAAGAACUAAAGAAGUGCCUGAGAAUGCUGCAAAUCCAACUUUCGGAGAAGGAUAUCGAUCGUCUUUAUCAUUACUGUGGCAUGGAUGAAAACAAAGGAAUACAAUACCAUGAAUUUAUUGUUCUCCUUUGCUUUGCUUAUCUUCUGGCAGGACCUGACUCUGCAACUAAUAAUAUGUCAAAUUCUGCAUCACGACAUGUUGAAGCCACCUUUGAUAAGCUUGCAGAAGCAUUUGCAUUUCUUGACAAAAAUGGUGAUGGAAAGCUGGAUAAGAAGGACAUCAUUCUGGCACUAAACGAAGCACCUUCAAAGGAGAAAUCACCAACUCAUAUUACAAGCAGAAGAUUCAAAGAAAUGGACAGAAACAAGGAUGGAACAGUGUCUUUCAAAGAGUUCCUUUUCUCCUUGAUAAAAUGGAUUGGAAUAGACACAGAUCAUGAGAAAGAACCUCUGAGAACCAUUGAAGUUUGGUAACACAAGCUUUAUGUUUGUGCUGCAGAUGGUGAGUUUAAUAAUGAGAUUCAUGUUAAUGUCUACUAUUUCACUCACUAGACAUUGAACUUCCUAUUCAUAUUUGUUGCUUUGGGGUAUAAUAUCUCAUGAUACUUACUUUUAGGAAAUUAAGUUUUGGUGUAGUGUUUUUAAUCUGAUUUCUGAAGAAGUAUUCUGUCCAAAAGUAUCUAAAUCAAUGUACACUAAGAGGUUCCCUAAGCUGAAGUAUGAUUGAGAAGUGCUGAAAAUUUUCUCAA